AGCAUGGAAUUGAACCUGAGUGAAAAUGACACGCUUUGUUGCCAAAACUCGACUGAGCAAAGCAAAACAAAAACUUUUAUGGGGCACUGUCCGUAACUAAUGUGCUGGUGAAACACUGUAGCCUCAGACAUUCCAAUGUAGUGACCGUGCAUUGAAUCUGCUUAUCGUAACUACCCAGCGGCUAUUGUCCUCCUCAGCCACAGCAAUUGGGCUACUACCAACAACAGCAGCACAUCCUAGUCAUUGCUUCUGGGGUGGCGUUUUGGGUUCAGCUCCACAUCUCAGUCAGCAACUUUCACAGUUUCGUGAGGGAUGUACUUUGACAAGAAUCGCCUUCGAGGAUAACAGACUUUUUACAUUGAGUUACCACUGCAUUUGUCUACAUUUUUGCAGUGCGCUCAACCCUGAAUACCACAGGAGAGGGAGAAGUCUGGCUCUGAAGAUGUUUGAUCUACAAUAUUUUCAUCACACCCUUCUCAACAGAAACCUUUUGUGUGCCAAGACCUGAUAACUGUAGAGAUCCAGAAAGCAGGCAUAGGGAGGAGCGAGCCAAGGUGUCAGUGACUACCUUGCUGUCACACUUAGCCACACCACACUCACUAAACUCCGGAGAUGGGGUAUGUAAGCGCUUGACUCCGGACAGUUCUGUCAGGAAAUUCCUCGUUUUGCCAAGGUGGUCACCCUUCUCCGCGCUGGUUUGUACAGCUGGAAAAGCUUCUGUUUCCACAUCAGUCUGGAGAAGCAUGACUGGCUGUGUAUGUUCCUGAUCAAGGCUAUCCUCACCUCUUAAUGUUGUGAUCUGAAGCUUCUUGCCGGGGAGGGACAAAGAGACAUUGGGGACAUUCUAAGCGUCACUAUGGCAUCUGAGGACAUAGGAGAUGCUGUGGGUCGUGCGACAGUGGUGGCCUUGUCAGCCGGGUCCAGAAAUAACCAUGUCACUUCAGACUACGGCAUGCCUCUGAGUCAAAGCAACACACGUCCACAUUCUCACGAGCCAGAGGUUAGCCACCAGGGCAGCGAAGACUGCUGCUCACCGCUCCCUCUCUAUUGGAAGUUAUCUUAUGAUAGCGGGUCUUAUGAUGGUGGGGAGGGGACGUUUCUGGAUGCAGGAUGCAAAUGCUGGGAAUACUCCAACCCUAAACAUGCUAGUGCUGUAGCUGAGUUCGGCACCACAUCUCGGGGGGAGAGGGGGACGCGUGCUUUGGUUUCCACCCAGCUGUGUCCGACAUGUCAUCCAGUGGAAAGUCUCUCAGCCUGCCAGGAGACUGACUCGGUCUGUUGGACCACUGGGACCGAGACAGAGCCUUGGGAGAACCAGUCCGAGAGGAGAACAGAGGGGUUUUCUUCUCCUGCUGUGACUCCCCAGGCUGGUGCUCUGCCAAAGGUGAGCUAUUCCAAGGGCUCUCCCUGCCAGCUGGAGCCCAGCACGGCUGGCACACAACGCCCCUGUCCAUCCUCGGUGCCCUGCAGAUGCAGCUUUAGGAGGAGCAGCCUGCCAGUGGCAUCUCAGUGCCACUUCUCCUGCUCUCCCAUAGGGGAGGGAGGAAUGCCAGGAAUGCCAGCCAGGACUAUCGAUGCCCGCUGUUUGCACUUCCUGAAAGAUGGCUACUCCAGCCUAGAGAGGCUCAACAGGAGACCCAGAGCCAAGGUCUCCGUGGAGAGAUUCUUCAGGAGGGCCUCGCUGGAUACCAUGCUCUCCUCCUCCAAGCAGUCCACCAGCCCCCAGAAGAGCGACAGCGACGGCGGCCUGUCGGACAGCGAGUUAAUCCGCAACAGGAAGGAGCGCUCCACCGUGCUGGUGAGGAGGUACUACAAAAACAACCGCAAAGUUGAGAAGUCUGUGCGCGUGGGCACCAAGGCCAUCGUGAGGUUUAUGCUCUCGGGACACAUAGCAGAGAAGGCCUGGGAGGCUGUUUGCAAAAGGACCUUGCACCCCAGUGAGAGACCCAUCGUGUCAGUCAGAGGGCACGGCACAGGGCCUCUGGCCGUCAGCCUGUGGGGUUACAGGGGCCUGCUCAGAUACACGGGGGCCAGACUCUCAGAGAUCCACCAUGCGCUGAGUGUUGAGGACAACCUGCUGCAGCCGUGCAGGAAGCUCCUAGCCUUUGCUGGAUGUGUGUGUCUCAGGGUGACAUGCCCGGCUCAGCCUAGGUACGUGUACCGUGCCAGCUCCCAGAGGACCUCAGUGUAUGCCCAUCUGACCGGGGCCCUGUUGGAGGCCACCGCCGCCCUCGGGGCCCGAAGCACUCUGCCCAGUGUAACCAUUGGCUCCACUGGACACGCCAUGCUCAAAGAGCGUCAGCUGUGCAGCAACAUGUCGGCGUCCGGCGCCGUCCCGUCCAACGUGACGGGCAUCAGCAAGGAGCUGGUCGAGCUGCGUCACCUGAUCCAGUUCCCCGAGGAGAUCGCCAGCAUCCUGACGGAGCAGGAGCAGCGGCUGUACCGACGCAUCUUACCCCUGGACUACCUCUGCUUCUUCACCAGGGACCUGGGCAGCCCCGACUGCAGCAGGCGCCUGCACCCCAGCCUCAAGGCCUCGCUGUCGGCCCCGGCCAUGCCCAUACAGACCCAGAGGAACACUGUGGAGGACCUGGUCACACGGUUCAAUGAGGUGAGCUCGUGGGUGACCUGGUUGAUCCUGACUGCGAGUUCAAUGGAGGAGAAGAGAGCGGUGUUCUCCUACCUGGUCCACGUGGCCAAGUGCUGCUGGAACAUGGGCAACUACAACGCCGUGAUGGAGUUCCUGGCUGGACUACGGUCUCGUAAAGUACUGAAGAUGUGGCAGUUCAUGGAGCAGUCGGACAUUGAGACCAUGCGCAGGCUGAAAGAUGCCAUGGCGCAGCACGAGUCUUCGUCCGAGUACAAGAAAGUGUUGAACCGUGCCCUUAACAUCCCAGGGUGUAAGGUAGUGCCCUUCUGUGGCGUCUUCCUCAAAGAGCUGAGUGACGCGCUGGAUGGGGCCGCCAGCAUUAUCAGCCUGCGCCACUCAACUCACGACUCGCCAGAGGACUCACUAGAGUUUGUGGGGGACUACGGCGGGCAGCAGCACUUCCUGCAGAGGGCGGGGCCAGACGGGCUACACAGCCAGGAGAAGGAGGCCACGGUCAGCAACAUCCUGCAGAUCAUCCGCUCCUGCAACCGCAGUCUGGAGAUGGAGGAGGGAGAGGAGGGCCACCACGAAGGCUCCUCCACCUCCUGCAAAAAGACAUUCAUGGACAGGAACAGGAACCAGUUUGUGGUGGGAGACCUGUCAGACUCUGAGGGCGACCUGUCUGAGCAGGCUAAAGAGGUGGAAUUCCAGGGCACCGAGGAGACCCACCAGGCCUUCAGCCACGGCACGGAGCUCAUCCCCUGGUACGUGCUCUCCCUCCAGCCUGACGUCCACCAGUUCCUCCUGCAGGGAGCCACCGUCAUCCAUUACGACCAGGAGAGCCACCUCACCGCUCGCUGCCUCCUCCGCCUGCAGCCCGACAACUGCAUCCUGACCUGGGCUAAUCCCCAGAGCGGCAGCCCCCCCGCGGAGCCCCCAGGCCUGGGUCAACCUGUAGUGAACAGCCUGUCGGAGGGUCUGCUGGACCUCUCGGUGGUCAAGGCUGUGUUCCUGGGCCACUCCGGGGUGGACUUGCAUGCUGUGUGUCUGCAGAACAAGCUGUGUCACACCAUGAGGGCUGAGGAGAAUGGGGUCAGUCUGCUUUACGGGCUCCAUACUACAGACAACAGGAUGUUGCACUUUGUGGCCCCCAAGCACACAGCCCGCAUGCUGCAUGAGGGUCUGGUGGAGCUGGUCAACGCCAUGAGGAAGCUGAAGAAGUUCCCUGAUCAGAGACUGCACUGGCUCAGGAGGCAGUACGUCAGCCUCUAUCAGGAGGAGGGCAGGUACGAGGGUCCCACUCUUGCUCAGGCUAUAGAACUGUUUGGGGGCCGGCGCUGGAACAUGGGCACAGGGGGCACAGAGAAGCCCAGCGCUCAGAAGCACAACUCCAUCUCUACCACCAAGAAGAAGAAGAAGGCUCUCACCAGGGGAGACAGCGGGGACGCUACCGAUGACGAGAUAUUCCAACGGAAAACCAAGAGCUGCAAGGACACCCUGUGCAGGAACAGGCCGGAGCUGUGUGACGGCAUGGACCAGGAAGGGCUAGAGGAUGGCUUCCCUGGACCCUUCUCCCUGUCGAGCUGUAAGACCCUGGGUUCCUCCUCCUCCUCCUCUUCCUCCAGUAUGGGCAGCUCCAACCCCUCCCGUCCUCUCUCCUCCCCCGUCCUGUCAGGCAGCACCAAGGCCCAGCCAGGUGCGUGGAGCAGCAGGAGCUGGCACGGCCGGGGGAAGGGCUGUUUCAAGGGCUUCCAGAACCUCAUGAUCUCUGGCAGCACCAUGAGUUUCAUCGAGUUCGUCGAGCUCUUCAAGUCUUUCAGCAUUCGGAGCCGUAAAGACCUGAAGGAGCUGUUUGACACCUACGCCGUCCCCUGCAGUCGCUCCGGCACGGAGUCUGCCCCACUCUACACCAACCUGAGGAUCGACGACAAGGACACGGGACUGCAGCCUGACCUAGACUUGCUGACCCGUAACGGUUCGGACAUGGGCCUCUUAAUCCGAACACGGCAGCAGAUGUCGGACAACCAGAAGCAGAUCUCGGACGCCAUUGCGGCAGCCAGCAUCGUGACCAAUGGGACAGGCGUGGAGAACGCCUCUUUAGGGGUGCUGGGGCUGGCCAUCCCACAGCUCAACGACUUCUUGGUCAACUGCCAGCGGGAACACCUGACCUACGACGAGAUCCUCAGCGUCAUCCAGAAAUUUGAGCCUUGCAUAAACAUGCGUCAGAUGGGUUGGAUGUCCUUCGAAGGUUUUGCCAGGUUUUUAAUGGACAAGGACAACUUUGCGUCUAAGAACGAGGAGUCUCAGGUGAACACGGAGGAGCUCCAGUAUCCCAUGUCUUACUACUACGUCGAGUCCUCUCACAACACGUACCUCACUGGACACCAGCUCAAAGGAGAGUCCUCUGUAGAGCUCUACAGCCAGGUGCUGCUGCAGGGCUGCAGGAGUGUGGAGCUGGACUGUUGGGAUGGAGAUGACGGAUCACCCAUUAUCUACCAUGGGCACACCCUCACCACCAAGAUCCCCUUCAAGGAUGUGGUGGAGGCGGUCAAUCGCACUGCUUUCGUCAACUCAGACAUGCCGGUCAUCCUGUCCAUUGAGAACCACUGCUCUCUACCCCAGCAACGCAAAAUGGCUGAAAUCUUCAAGACUGUGUUCGGAGACAAGCUGGUGACCAAAUUCCUGUUUGAGAGCGAUUUCUCUGAUGACCCUCUGCUGCCCUCCCCGCUGCAACUGAAGGGAAAGAUCCUCCUCAAGAACAAGAAGCUGAAAGCACACCAGGCUCCCGUCGACAUUGUCAAACAGAAGGCUCACCAGCUGGCCCACAUCCAGGCCCAGGCCGGCAACGGGGCACCGGCUGGCAGCUCACCUGGUAACCACAAUGAUGAUGAUGAAGAGGAGGAAGACGAGUACGAUGAUGACUAUGAAUCCCUGUCUGAUGAUAACAUCCUAGAUGAUAAACCAGACGGGAAGUCCCCGGGUGACAAGGAUGAUCAUCCCAUCAUUGAUGAGAUGCCCAAGAGGAUGAAGAAAGCAGACAAUGCUGUAACCCAGAGCAAAGGGAAGGUAUUUGACAUGGAGCUGGGAGAAGAGUUCCAUCUCCCCCAGAACAAGAAGGAGAGUCGACAGAUCGCUCAGGAGCUCUCUGACCUCGUCAUCUACUGCCAGGCCGUCAAGUUCCCUGGCCUCUCCACCCUCUCUCCUUCGGCUUCUGGCAGAAGAAAAGACAGAAAGAGCAGGAAGUCCAUCUUUGGCACGGUUCCUGGUCGUAGCGGAGGCAGCCCCGGGGAGGCGGUGACGCUGGGCCGGACCCCAGGGAAGGGUGGUGUGGAGGCCAUGCGUCUGGGCUGGGAGGAGCAGACGUCGCCCGUACUCAGCCCCAGCGCGUCACUGAGCGCCAUCAUCCGCACUCCCAAGUGCUACCACAUCUCCUCUGUGAACGAGAACGCUGCCAAGCGCCUCUGUCGCCGCUUCUCCCGGAAGCUGAUCCAGCACACCACCUGCCAGCUGCUAAGGACCUACCCGGCCGCCACGCGCAUCGACUCAGCCAACCCCAACCCUCUGCCCUUCUGGCUCCACGGCAUGCAAGUGGUGGCCCUCAAUUAUCAGACUGACGACCUGCCCAUGCAGUUGAACACAGCUCUGUUUGAAGCAAAUGGGCAUUGUGGUUACGUUCUGAAACCUCCAGUGUUGUGGGAUCGCUGCUGUCCCCUCUACCAGCAACUCUGCCCCCUGGAGAGAGAUGUAGAGAGCAUGAGCCCAACACUCUAUUCUCUGACGAUUGUGUCGGGGCAGAACGUGUGCCCUGCCAACAGCGCAGGCAGCCCCUGUGUGGAGGUGGACGUGCUGGGCAUGCCCGUGGACUGCUGCCACUUCCGCACCAAGCCCAUCCACCGCAACACGCUCAACCCCAUGUGGUCAGAGCACUUCCUGUUCCACGUGCACUUUGAGGACGCCUGCUUCCUGCGCAUCGCUGUGGUUGAGAAUAACAGCUCCCAGACCACCGCUCAAAGGACGCUGCCUCUACGGGCCUUCAAACCAGGUUACAGGCACAUCCAGCUGAGGACACAGCACAACGAGCCCCUGGAGGUGUCCAGUCUGUUCGUCUACAGCCGCAGAGUAGAGGAGAGCUCCACCGGCACAGCCCUGCCUGCUGCCAUGCUGUUCAGUUCUGAGGAGCGGAGGACAGCCCAGCAGCACCAGGUGACGGUCCAUGGUGUCCCAGGUCCAGAGCCUUUCACUGUAGUGUCUGUGAAGCAGCAGACCACCGUCAGACAGCUACUGGAUACGUUACCGACGUCCACAGAAGGUGCCGGUGAGUACUUCCUGUGUGAGGAGAAGGUGCCUCUGGUGAAGGAGCGCAGUGACAGUAAGCGGUGUCCUCAGCAGCGCCCCCUAGCCUCCGAGGAGGAGAUCGUCAGGGUGGUCAACAGCUGGCAGCCUGAAGAGGGAUAUGUGGGCAGAAUCUGCCUUAAAACCAAGGAAGAGAACCUGAACUAUAAGAACAGAGUGGUGGAGAGAGUGGAGGAGGGCGUGGAGAGGGUGGUAGCAGGGGAGGACGACACCUUCUUCGUCCAGGUGCACGACGUGUCCCCAGAACAACCUCACACGGUCAUCAGAGCCCCUCGAUACAGCACGGCGCAGGACAUCAUCCAGCAGACGCUGAGCAAAGCCAAGUACUCCCUGAGCAUUCUGAGUAACACUAACCCCAGUGACUAUGUGUUGGUGGAGGAGGUGUCGAAGGAGGCCAGCAGUAAGAAGUCUUCUCAAGCUAAGCCCUUCCAGAGGGUCCUCCUGGACCAGGAGUGUGUGUACCAGGUCCAGGGCCGCUGGAGGGGCGCAGGGAAGUUCAUCCUCAAGCUCAAAGAACAGAUGGCCCGUGAGGACAAGAGGAAGGGCAUCUCGUUUGCCAGCGAGCUGAAGAAGCUGACGUGUCGCAGCCGGAGCAUCCCGGCUCCAGCCGCCCAGGAGAGCAGUCACAGGUCUCUCUCUGCAGGACUCGAGGCCUGGGUGAGGGAGGGCCGGGCUGAGGCAGAGAGGCUCCUCCUGGGGGGCGGGGCCCACACCGGCUAUGUGACCCCUUCUACUUGGUCCCUCCCUCUGCUGAGGAACUGGAAGAUCCACAAAUGAAGCUAGGUCCCCUCCACCACCCUAGAGAGCACCUGUGUUCCUGAACACACCAUGAUGAGUCGAGUUACUCCCUCCCAUGAGUGAAGAGCUUCCCCCAGAAAGUCCCACCCAGACUGGCUGGUUGAUUUGGAAUGGCGGCUCCACGAUGACGGUUCUGAGUGAAGGAAGACCUCGUCAUCUACAGGGUCGUUAGCCGUCCUCCCUCUACCUUGGUCAUAUUCAUUAGGGUACGCUGUAGCGGAGCAUUUUGCAGCGGAAAAUUAAACAAAUGUUUCUUACUGGACAAGUUUAGGUAGUCCCUCUGUGUUUUAGUUUUCUUCCGUUUGGUGCCCAAUGAAUACACCCUUGAAGUGACGCCGAGGGAUGAGGUAGCAAUGUUGAGGAGACAGAUACUGGAUGUAGCAGCCAGCCUAACCCGGUUCAGCCUGGUUUCUUUGAGAGUGAAUACCCACAGCUGAGUCAUGCCCUUACUGUAUGUAGGCUGGUGUUGAAUGGCUGCAUUGAAUCCAGACAGCGUAUGUAGUUGUGGUGCGGGAGGCAGCUAUAACUGCGGCUCGCAGCCUUUCUCCUGCUAAGAAUGAGGGCAUUGUGAAUGUGGCCAACAAGCUGGCUUGUUGUAUGAUUCCCUUUCUGAUCCAGUUUUCACAGUACUGUCAUUUCUAACACGUAGUUGUGUAUUUGGAGAUGUUCAGUGUUUUGCACGUAGUUGUUGUUCUGUUGCGCUCAGUACUUGCUCUCUCUACUUUGAGGGUGAAUCAUCGUUUGAUAUGAAGUUGUGAGGUCACCUUGAAUGGGUUUCCACCUCACUGUGAUUUUUGGCUUCAAAUUCAAACAUUUCAUCAGGUCAAAGUUGAGAACCACCAUCACCUCUUGAAUGUCAAACGCAGGAGAGGUUUUCGAAUCCCCAGAUAUAAUUAUUUUUCGUGAAAACAUAAAAAUCUCAAGUGUAGUUUUGUUAUUGUUAUUAUGUUAUUGAUUUCUUUCUAUUGGAGCACAUAACCAGCAUAACAAGGUCAGUACAGGGUUUUAGAGUUUUCUGAUAUUGUUCCCAAUUUAUUGAUUGGCAUAUCGAUUGCAGACCCUCAGCAUUAUCUAGUAACAUUUGUUUGAAUUGUUUGCUGAUGAAAUUGAUUAAAGUAGUAAACCGUAGUCUACUAAUGGCUCUUGUCAAUCUGGAUUGCUGAAGCGUUAGAUUGCGAGAUCGAAAUUGAAACGUCCUUUCGCUAACACGUGAACUUUUGCCUUUUAAAUUUCAGUCGCGCUGAUCUUCCGCGAUACGGAUUGACUCGAACCCUCAAGUGUUUUAACCGAUGUCCAUUUCAACCAGUUGUCAGAAACGUUGUUUAAUCGGGGCCCAUGUUGUUUCCCUCCUUGGUUUGGACUGUGGAUCACAGUGUGAGAGACAUGUAUAACAAAGUCAUUGUCUGUAGUUUUUCCAACUUAGUACAUGUUUUAAACUAUGAAGGUUUGGCAUUUUCUAAUUCAUUCUUUAUGUUGUACUUUGUGUGUGUAUCUUGUCUGAUCGUUGGUACUGCCCAGAUGUCCACUUCCUCAGGGCAUUACAGAUCUAGAUACAUGUUUCAGCCUCUCCCCUGGGUCCGUACAGUCUCACAGCAGACAAAGUGAUGGGCUUUUAUGCAGCCGCUGUAUGGGAUCUGUAGAUGCUACAGUACUUAAAUGUCCAAUAUCAUCAAAUUAGCAACCAAUCAACUACAACUUUCCAUCAUGACAAUGUUAUGGAAAAAGUAUCAACAGACUGCAUUAUAACUAUCAUUUUUUUACCAAGGUUUUUCUUUUGGUAUGUUUUGUCACCCCUUUUAUUUUGAAAAAAAAAAUGUUUUAAUUUGACUUGGUUGACUAUGGCCUCUGGCUCUUCAUUCAGUUUUGAGUAAUCAAAUCCAAACAGUAAUUUAACCUUAUGAGGAUUGUAAUGCCGAUGACAUUUGGCUGACAAUGUAAUAGCAAACUACCAUCUCUUCCCUGUUUGCUUUUUGGAGGGGUCAAAUUUCUUUCUCUUCACCUUUUAGACCUGAGUUGUAAUAUAACAUGAAUAUUGUUGUCGAGAUGUUUUGUAUGUUAUAUUUAUUUGAUUGUGUAGCCCUGGUUGGUUCUUUCCUUUAUUAUUUUGUGUACAAAGCUCUUAUCGAGUUUUUCCUGCAAGUAGAAAAAUAUUUGAAUUGUCUUAAUUUAUUUGAAGGCGUGGAGGAAAAAUGCUUUCACUGCUGUGACUAACUUUAUAUUUGUAAUUGAAAUAUGUACUUUUAACAUGGAGGCUUUAAUAUAUAGCUAGUAUUAGUUAUUCUGCUGCUUUUCAUGUAAUGUUUCUUAGUGUCAAUGCUGAACAUUUAACGUUUGUCAAGUUGUGUCAAGCGCAUACCGUUAUGGUAAAUGUAAUUUCAGCGACUAAACAUUUCCACAUUUAUGUUUUUAGCUCUUGGAGUCUCACCCCCAUGAUGAAUGUCAUAGUAACGUGUUCACUUCAUGUGAUGUGACCGUCGGGGGACUACUGUCUUAAUUACUUGGGACUAUUAAUUGUUCUAUAUUAUGACCACAAUAAAAUCAUUAGUCAUA